UCGUCAUCUGACUGGCUGCAGCUGCCGGAAAUCUCGCGCCUCUGAGAAGAGUGGGAUAGCUGGGGGGAGAGCGGGGAAAGAUGGCGACAGAAAGGGAGCCCCCUCCGUUUGGGGACGGCAAACCGACAGAGUUCGAGGAGCUGGAGGAUGGGGAGGACCUUUUCAUCAGCACCGCUUCUACCCUGGAGUCAAGCCCUUCAUCUCCAGAACCAGCCAGUCUUCCAGCAGAAGACAUCACUACAAAUUCAAAUGGUCCUAAGCCUACAGAAAUCUUAUUAGAUGAUGACAGGGAAGAUCUUUUUGCUGAAGCAACAGAAGAAGUUUCUUUGGAUAGUCCAGAAAGGGAACCAAUACUUUCUUCAGACUCUACUCCAGCUAUAACUCCUGUUACCCCAACAACACUAAUAGCACCAAGAAUGGAAUCAAAAACAGUAGUGGCCCCUGUGGAUUUUGAUAGAUGCAGAGAAGAGAUUGAAGAAGAAGCAAAUGGGGAUGCAUUUGAUAUUGAAAUUAAUGUGUCAGAUCCAGAAAAAGUUGGGGAUGGCAUGAAUGCUUACAUGGCCUACAGAGUCACUACAAAGACUUCCCUAACUAUGUUUCACAAAAAUGAAUUCGCUGUUAAAAGAAGAUUCAGUGAUUUUCUUGGUUUGUAUGGCAAGUUAGCAUCAAAAUAUCUUCAUGUUGGUUACAUUGUACCACCAGCUCCAGAAAAGAGUAUUGUAGGCAUGACGAAGGUAAAAGUAGGCAAGGAAGAUUCCUCAUCUACAGAAUUUGUAGAAAAAAGAAGAGCAGCUUUAGAAAGGUACCUACAGCGAACAGUAAAACAUCCAACCUUAUUACAAGAUCCUGAUUUAAGACAGUUCUUGGAAUGUUCUGAGCUGCCGAGAGCAGUUAACACCCAGGCUCUGAGUGGAGCAGGAAUAUUGAGGAUGGUAAACAAGGCUGCCGACGCUGUCAACAAAAUGACGAUCAAGAUGAAUGAAUCGGAUGCAUGGUUUGAGGAAAAGCAACAACAAUUUGAGAAUCUGGAUCAGCAACUUCGGAAACUUCAUGGUAGUGUAGAAGCCUUGGUCUGUCACAGAAAAGAACUGUCCAUCAAUACAGCUGCCUUUGCUAAAAGUGCAGCCAUGUUAGGAAACUCAGAAGACCAUACUGCUUUAUCAAGAGCUUUGUCUCAGCUUGCUGAAGUUGAAGAAAAAAUAGACCAGUUGCAUCAAGAACAAGCUUUUGCUGAUUUUUAUGUAUUCUCUGAGCUACUCAGUGAUUACAUUCGUCUUAUUGGUGCUGUAAAAGGUGUAUUUGAUCAUCGAAUGAAAUGUUGGCAGAAAUGGCAAGAUGCUCAAGUCAUGUUACAGAAAAAACGAGAGGCUGAAGCUAAACUUCAGCUUGCCAACAAACCUGACAAAUUACAGCAAGCUAAAGAUGAAAUCAGAGAGUGGGAAACAAAAGUUCAACAAGGAGAAAGGGAUUUUGAACAAAUCUCCAAAACAAUACGCAAAGAAGUAGGACGAUUUGAGAAAGAACGUGUGAGAGACUUCAAAACCGUUAUAAUCAAGUACUUGGAAUCAUUAGUGCAAACACAACAGCAGCUGAUAAAAUACUGGGAAGCAUUCCUACCUGAAGCCAAAGCCAUUGCCUAGAAAAGACGACUUUCCAAUAUGAAGAUUCUUUGGAUGUUCUCCCAGUUGAAUUAAAUUCCACAAUGAAAUCACUUUAAAAUCAUCCAAAUAAACCACUAUAUAUUUUAUGAAUUUAACAUGUGGCUUUUUAUAUACUAUAGCAUCUUAUUAACAGCUGCAUGUCCUGACACUCUUUGGACUGUGGCAUGACAUUCUGCAAUACUUGCGAAUUGAACACUAUUGUGUCUUAAUAUUUGCACUAAGAUGUGCAAUGCAAGGCCAGAACGUUAUUUUUGUUCUUUACUAUAAGUUCUGUCUACUUGAUCUUUAUGAAAUAAAUUGCAUUUAUUAAUGUUCACAUACACAUUCCUGUAAAUAAUCAAGAUUUUGUGAUUACAGUAAUAAAGGGAUGUAUCUUGUGCAACAUUAAUCAUUACCUGUGUUAAUUUUGUUCUUCAUUAAUUGAUUAUAAACUAUAAACUCUAAGUGAAAUAAUUGGUAUUAAGUAGUUCCAUCAGUUUUAUGCAUAUGAAAAGUAUUUUCAAAAUUAUACCAUUGUACUUAAAUGCCUUUUAUUUGGCCUUAACAAAAAUAUCGGAUACUAAACCAUAAAACUGUUACAAUUUACAAAUCAAUUUGUUUGGAUUGUUUCAAACUGAUAUCAUUCUAGUAAGAAGGCUCCUUGAUCCAAUGAAGAAUUCUAUCAGGGAAUAAAACUGAAGACUCAACGUUCUUCUACUUACAUUCUUAGGCUAUUCUAAGGGAUUUCCUGUUUUUAAAAGGCACAUUUACACAGUUAAAAAAAAAGAAGGUAGUCCUGAAAUUCUGUAGAGCCAAUUAUUCAAUCAGAUAACAUCCAGAUAUUUAUCUUAGGUUUUUUUAAAGUCACUAUACAAUUUGGAAAAUGGCAUAUCUUUUUUAAAAACGAUUCUGUGAAUUUUUUAUGUUCCUGAAAGAUGUUUAAAUUCUAUGGUUUGAAUAUUUGUCUCAGUGGAAACAUAAAUUUUGCCAUCUCCACUUCCUCUGAAGAAAUAUGAUGUUGGUUCUAGCUGUUCUAACUGGCAGGUAUUUUGGCAACUUGUGUUAUUUCUAGGGUUGCAAUGUUUUAACUCCUUAUCUGAUAAGGCUUAUGAGAUAGAUUUACAUUUGCAUGUAACAAUUGCUUGAAUAUUUUAUUAAUCAGUCCUAAAGUGGAAAUCCCACAUAGAAGAUAACAAAACAUCCCAGUAAGCUCUAUAACUUUGAUGCAUUUGCCUAUUACUGGGUGGAGAAUUUACAGGCUUGUUCUAUGAAAAAGUAUUAAAGUAAUGAUUGUGUUGUUACAGGACAGCUUUUUUCCCUAAUGUUAUCUUUUAAUUACCUGCAUGAUUUACUACUGCAAUAUUGCAGCAAAAUUUUUUGCCCUUUUUGAAUUAACCAGUGGAAUAGCCAAGGUUGUUGAUGGCAUUAAAUUGUUUGGAAUGGUAAAACAAUAAGAAACUGCAAAGAGCUCCAUAAGAGAUUUUCACACAUUAGGGGAU